AAGUUCUUUGUAAACAACAUUCUCGGCUUUGUGUUUGUAUUCGCAUAAAUUUGUGGUCCAGACAGUCUGUGACAGAGGUUUGGCUGACUGGAGACGUACAGAUGUUAGGCUGAAAAAUUUGCACAAGUGAAAGCGCAAUACAAAUCACCUGCGAGCUUCGGCAUGAGCGUCCCUUGACAUGGAGGACGAGGAGGAGGUGAUCUACGACCUGCCCAGGGGCAGCGAAGCCCCUUCGGAGGACGUCACAAGUGAGGCAGGCUCAAUUUGCGAGGAAGAAAGAGUUCGCAAACUUUUCCAAGCUUGCGACGCUGAUGGCGAUGGCUAUAUUGACAGCCAAGACCUUAUGACUGUUUGUCGAGAGCUCAACUUGGAGGAUUCUAUUGAUGAGCUGAUGCGAGAGCUUGGUGCCGAUGAGACGGGCCGAAUAUCUUACGAUGAAUUCCUCAGAAGGAGACUCUCUCUGCGAGGUGAGAUCGAUGCCCUCCGCAGGCAAGAGCGAAGAACUGGGCCACAGCAUCCCUCUCAGACAGCCAUCCAAAAUAGGGAAAUCGAUUACAUUCAAACCAGCAGUGAAAACAGCAUGGGAGGAGUAUCAGGAGGAAGGCACGAUAGAUGGGAGUUCGACAGUGGUGCCAGAGAUUUGAGUCCAGAGCCCCACUCUCUGCAGAAGUUGGUGGAGGCAGCUGGAGGAAACCUGAUGGCCUCAUCUCCAUCACACUUGCUCGAUCUUGCCAACAGGCUUCACUUGGCUGCACUUGCUUCCUUGAAAGCAGAGGUAUCAGAUUUGACAACAAGACUUCGUACUGUCACAUCAGAGCGCGAUAUCUUAGAGAAAACAUUAAACAAAAUCCAGCUUGAAAAAAUGAGAGUCAGCCGAGAGUUUGAAGGAAAAAUGGAGGCGGAAUCUCAGAGAUAUGAAGAGCGAAUUACUGAACUUCACUGCGUCAUAGCUGAGCUGCGCCGAAAGUUAGAACAACAACGUGGCCAUGCUAUAGCAGAGGAUGACGAAGAGGAACUUGCCGAAGAUGAAGAAAUCAGUCAGGAUCUCAAUUAUCAGUCUGACACUGAAGACUUUAGUAGAGACGCUGAAGCAAUUGCGGACAAAGCGGAGGGAACUCUCCCAACGAUUGGGGACAGUAGGUCUUGCACAAGUGCCGACAUGGACAAUAGAGCUGUUGAAGCAGGACAAAGUCUGGCGGAUUUGACUGAAUGUAGGCCUCCAAUCUCGCAGCCUGCCAUAACAGAUCUUUUAGAUGAAAUAGCUAAUCAAAAAGAAGAAGUCGCAAAAAAGACGGAGGAGGUGGACAGAGCACACUCGCUUCUUGCCGCUGGCCGAGAUGAGAGAGACAGACUGAGGAAAAAGAUUAAUGAGUUGUCCAAUGCGCUGCAAACUGUGAUGUCCACAAGCUCAUCAGUCACAGCACAACAUGAGUCGUCCAGUCAAAGCCCUAAAUUGCCUGCUUCUCCAAUGCACUCACUCAAAGGUACUUCGCCUGCUGCAGGAAGCCCCAUUGGUGGCACUUUGCAAUCUGUAUCCAAAGAAGAAGCGCCCAUUUUGAAAAUGGCCGAGCGAGUUAAGCUCCGCAAGGUGGGAAGUUGCGAAAGGCAACUUACUGCCUCGGAUUUAAAAAAAGUUGAGUCAUGGAGCACUCCAGUUGCAGAGCAGCUUGCUCAUUUGCACAAUAUUGAUGGGGAGUCAAGCAUACAAGAGAUGCUGUGCCGUUAUUUAUCAAAAUCAAGAAACCCACCAUCAUGCACCGAAUCAGCAAACAUGGAAGAGGGUUAUGAAGAGGACCGCAUAAUGGCACAAGUGGCAAGUCUACAGCAGCUCCUCCCACUAAGAGAGUUUGAGUUGGAGAUAGAUAGGUUGCGAGCCAAAUCAGAGCAUUUAAAAGCACAGUGCGAAGUUUACGCAAUGGCGCUUGAUGAAUCUCGAGUCUUGUCAGAGAGAUUAACUUUGCUUUGUGGUAAAUGCGAGUCUAAUUGUACAGCAUUGUGGCUUGCAUUGGAAUAUAGUGAUACAGCAAUUGAGUCGUACGACGUUUUGUUAGCCCUGCUGGAAAGCGAGUUGGCAGCUUUGGUAGCUACUUGUGUAGCUGCUGGCAUUCCAGCAUCAAGCAACUGCCCAGCUGUCAGUAUGGCAAGCGACUCGGAAAAUCCAGGACUUGCUUUAGCCCGUGCUAGUGAUUUGAGAAUGACAGCAGAAGGUGUUGCUUGUUUGCUUCUGUCUCGACUGGACAGAAACGUUGAAUCUGCAAAUGGCGAUAUAUCUGGAAAAAACCACACAGAUGUUAGGAGUUGGCGCCAAAUUGAAGAAUUGCGACUCCGAGGCCACAUUAGCAGAUUAAAAGGAGAAAGAGCAAAAGUCAGGUCGUCGGUUCAGUUUGGCCUUGAAAGUCCUCACAGUGACCCUCCAAAACAACGUAACCCUUCCAGUGUUGCCGAGGCCAGGAAAAUGGACCUAGAGAUGGCCGUUCUCAUGCAAGAACUAAUGGCAUUAAGAGAGGAGAAGGCUGAACUAAGAGCGAGGUGUCACAUGCUUGAGAGAGAGAGGGUGGCUAUGGAGUUGAGGCUAAGUGGACAGGAAGCACAUCGACAAGCCCAAGGAGCUGCUUUGCAUAGUUUGCAGCAGCAGCUGAGAGACUCUGAGAACAGGCUGUCGGGAUCGAUCCAAGACGAUGAUAGUCAAAGCAAAGAAUUGCUAGAGGCAUUGGCUCGAGAGGCGAGAUUGAAGGAUAGACUGCAAGAAAUGAUGAACUCUUUGGAGACUGUGUCCAGGUCCGCCGACAUCCGACAACAGCAGUCUAACGAAAUGAUAAGUGACAUGAAGAGAGCCAACAGCUCUCUAACUCAAAUGCUGGACAAGUGCAAAAGAAAAUAUCAAGCACGCAUCAGGAAGUUGGAACACCAAGCUGAAGUUGCUGUUGACAGGCAUUCAAACCAGGUUCGUCUUCUGAAGCAGAGAAUUGCCGUUCUUGAGUCUGAGUUGGCUGCAGAUAUGUCGAGUCCAACCCCCAAUGAGACUUCUCUUUAAUAUGUAACUAUUUAUGCGCAAUUGAAAUUUUGACUUUUUUUCUUAUCGAAACGCACCUUUAUAUUGCUGUGCUUUUUUUUUUGAGAAGAUAUAAGAAAGCAUCAAUAAGCAUCAUGAUCGAGCAAAUUUUUAAUUGUUUUUUUUUUAACACUUUACAUUACAUUUUUAUCUUAUGUGCCAUUACAACAUAGUUAUUUGUAAAUCCCUACAAAUAAGUUUUCAAGGUGUGCAGUGUUGUCCACAAUUAAAAUUUGGCAGUCGAUAGCUGAAAAUUUGUUAAAAUGUGAUACCUAUUGAAUUUGAUUGGCAUUGUAAAUGCUAAAUUUUUACUUGUCAACCAUGACCAUUUUUUAAUUUUAUACCUAAGAAAUAAAAAAAUUUUCAUGAUGUAUUUACUAAUAUUUGCUAUUGGAUCUAUGAAGUAAUAAAGUAACGCUAA